AUGUCUUCAUCAAACGGCAAAUCUCGACCUAAAUUACCAAUAAGAUCGAUAUCUACUUUAAUAAGUACACCACCUUCAGACGCUGCCAAAUCGGAUGACGAUGCAGUUCUAGAUGUAUACAGAGAAGUGAAUUCAACUGGAUCGUUACAAGCUGCAGCUAAGAAAUUGGAACAAUACGCAUCAUCCACAUCCACAUCCACAUCUACAUCUACGAAAACAAAAGCAAAACCAAAAUUUGAUGAAGAUCCAGAAGAAGUUGGUUUUUUACAACAACAUAGCAUCGAUGAAGAUGCUUUGAUGUUUGAUGAUAACGAGACUGAAGAUAAUGAUGAUGAAUCAAAAUCAGUUGAUAAUGAUCGACGUGAUGAUAGAGGACAAGUUGUACAUUUACAAGAAGUCGUAGAUGGUCUGUGGAUAGGUGAUUUAGUUUCUGCUAUGGAUAUUGAUGGUUUAGAAAAAAGAGGUAUAUCAAACAUCCUAUCUCUCCUUAGACCGACUCUGAAAUUCCCAUCAUCAUUCUCAGUUUAUCCAUUAGAAAUCGACGAUUCAGCAGAUACGGAUAUCCUCACACAUCUACCUUCAUGCGUAGCCUGGAUUCAAUCCAUCUUAUCACUCAGAGAACGUUCUUUCGAUAUUUCCAACAUCUCUGAAGAAACCGAAUCGGCGGAAAAAGACCCCACUAUAGCCAAAAUUGCAGGAGAUCCAAAACCUGGUGGUGUACUCGUUCAUUGUCAAGCUGGAAUGUCAAGAAGUGCAACUGUCGUCGCUGCUUAUUUAAUGAGAGAAUAUGAUUUAGAUCCUGUACAAGCUUUAGUAGCUCUAAGGGAAAAAAGACCUGUCGUAGACCCAUCAGAAACUUUCUGGCAUCAAUUGGGACUCUUCUAUAACGCAGAUGGCAGAGUAUCGCUAAAAGAUAAAUCUACCCGAAGAUUUUACAUGGAAAGAACCGCAUCACAGUUCAUGAAUGGGGAUGGAGGUGCACCAUCCAUGGCGACAAUGGCAAAGUACCCAGCAACACCUUCAGCGUCUAAUCCACCUACACCAGGUGGAAUUGGAAGACGUCAGAUCAGAUGUAAGAUGUGUAGAAGACAAUUAGCAGUUCGAGAACAUAUGAUGGACCAUAUUUUAGAUCAACAACCUAUAUCAAGACCUAGAACACCAUCAAACGCAACUUUACCUUCUCCAAGAUUACCUCCUAUCACAAGUGGGAGUGCACAAACACAAGGAUUGAAAGAAAGAAGACCAAGUGUGGUCAGUGAUGUCAUUAACCCAUUGACUGGUUUACCUGGAAGAAGAAGUAGUCACGCUUCUUUGUCUGGUUUCUCUCUCACACAAACAGAAGGAAAUCCAAGCAAAGAUUCAAGCGGAUCAAGUAAUGGUCAAAAUACUUCUUCAAUGGGUGGAAUCCCACUACCCAAACGAUCAACAACGACACCUGGAUUAACCCUAACUGCUUCUUCACCUGAAGUGGCCAAUCAACCUAAAUUAACUGGUGAUAAGGACCUUUUACCUAGUAUAUUAGGUAGACUGGAAAAUCCUUCUUCGCCUAAACCAAUGACUUCCACGCCACCUGCAAGUACAGCACCUGCAGUACCUGGAUCAGGUUCAGGAUCAGGUUCAUCAGAAAGGGUUUUCAGAUCAGCUGAAGAGUUGAGUUCAAGACUACCACCUCAUUUAUUAGCUUUGAGAAUGGCGGGAUCAGGGUCAAGCGCAGGUGGAGGUGGGACAAGUUCUUUAUCUUCUCCGAUUGGAAGUUCGCCCACUUCAUCUCCUGAAAAAGACAUUUCCGCACAAUCUCAAACUUUCCCUCCUUCGUCAAACGUCAAUAGCGCUUCCAGAAGACUAAGCUUGUUGAGUAUGACUCCUAAAACUUUAGAAGGGAAUGAAAGAAGAGGCAGUAUGACUAUGAACGAACCAAAUGGUGGUUAUCCGAUAUUAGUAAAUCAAAAAUGUUCAGGUUACUUCGUUGAACCUUUAACAUGGAUGGAACCAGUUCUUCAAAAUGGUGAUAUUGCAGGAAAACUUAUUUGUCCAAAUGAAAAAUGUGGUGUUAAAAUAGGUAAUUUCGAUUGGGCCGGUGUACAAUGUGGAUGCAGAGAAUGGGUUACUCCUGGAUUCUGUAUACAUCGAAGCAAGGUUGAUGAGGUUUGGUAA